ACUAGUUUGUGUAAAAAUAGUUGAAGUUGACGAAUAUAUAUGAAUACAGAAAAUCAUUAACCGGACAACUGCCAUUGUCUAGUCGUCUCUCUCUGUUAAGUCCCACCUCCCAUUAAUUACUUUCAUACACAAUGACUUCGAUAACAAUAAACAAAACACAAUUGCAACGUGCAGACACCAAAACGUACGUUUGAGAGAUCCUACACAUAUGGUAAACAUUAAUUAAAGUAAACAAAUCAAUAAAACCCCUCUACCCUCUUGGUCUUUCUGCGUCGAUCUCCUUCACUGACUUUAUUUCUUCAACUAAAAGAACAGCGAAAGUAGCAAAAAAUGUCGACGCAUCUCUCCAAAACUGACUCAGAGGUGAGCAGCCUAAGUCAAUCUUCACCAGCAAGGUCCCCUCGUCGCCAAGUCUACUAUGUUCAGAGUCCAUCAAGGGACUCCCACGAUGGUGAAAAGACUACAAACUCAUUCCACUCCACGCCGGUGCUCAGCCCCAUGGGCUCACCUCCUCAUUCUCAUUCCAACUCUUCAUUAGGCCCUCAUUCCUCACGUGAGUCUUCUUCCACCCGCCUGUCUGGAUCCCUCAAACCACAUCGAAAACAGGAAGGAUCUCGCAAGGGUCGCAAGCCAUGGAAAGAGUUCGAUGCCAUUGAAGAAGAAGGUUUGCUUGAUGGUGAUGGUGCUCAUCAUGGCCUCCAUCGUCGGCGUUGCUAUUUCCUUUCAUUUGUUGUUGGUUUCUUUGUGCUUUUCACUACGUUUUCUUUGAUCCUAUGGGGUGCUAGUAGACCUCAAAAACCUAAAAUCACCAUGAAGAGCAUUUCGUUCAAUGAAUUUGUGGUUCAAGCUGGUGCGGAUUUCUCAGGAGUGGCUACUGAAAUGGUGUCGAUGAACUGCACAGUGAGGCUCACAUAUCGUAACACAGCUACAUUUUUUGGGGUUCAUGUAACAUCAACAUCCUUAGAUCUCUCUUACUCUCAGCUCACUGUGGCCACCGGAUCGAUGCGCAAGUUUUAUCAAUCAAGAAAGAGCCAAAGAGCGUUAACUGUCGUGAUGAUAGGGAGUCAUAUUCCCUUGUAUGGAGGCGGGGCUAGCUUGGCUAGUGUCAACGGUGCACCGACUCAGCCAGUGCCAUUGACACUUAGCCUCAUGGUUCGUUCUAGGGCUUAUGUUUUGGGCAAGUUGGUCAAGCCCAAGUUCUAUAAGAGAAUUCAAUGUUCGGUCACCAUGGACCCCAAUAAGAUGAAUAUGGCUAUUUCACUACAAAACAAAUGCAUUUACAGCUAGAGCUGUACUUUGAUCAUUGUUUGAUGGUUUGAAGUUAUUUUGAUAGAAAAAAAAAUUGGUACAGUGAGAUAAACAAGAGUGGACAGGCAAGUUUCCGCUGAGUGGCUUGGAUUUUGGAGACAGAUUAAGGAUUCUCUGGCUGUAAGAAUCAAAGGCAUUAGAAAUCUAGUGGUGGUCGGUGGUUUAAAUAUUAUAGAUUUUGGCCCCCCAUAAGCUUUGUUUACG